UAGAUUCAAGUCUUGGCUCUGAUCUUUGGCUCUGUGGCCUUGGGAAGGUCAUUGGAUCUCUUUGAGCCUGUUUCUUCAUGUCAAAAUGGAGUGACCACGAACCCAUUAGAUCUUUGUGAAGAUUAAGAGGUGCGCAGCAUCAGGCCCGUUUAACGGAAAAAGAAACUGAGGCCCAGAAAGGGACCAGGAUAGCCCAGCGUGCUGCAGGUUGGGGCUAGAACCCGGACCUGCGUCCAGCGCAUCGCCUGUCUCUCCGAGCACCUGGCCCAGCGCUGCAGUGGGCGUCAUGGCCAUGGACGUGGCAGAAUACCACCUGAGCGUCAUCAAGAGCCCUCCAGGCUGGGAGGUGGGUGUCUACACCGCUGGGGCCCUGGCGCUGCUGGGAAUUGCGGCCGUGAGCCUGUGGAAGCUCUGGACAUCGGGGAGCUUCCCCAGCCCCUCCCCGUUCCCUAACUACGACUAUAGGUACCUUCAGCAGAAGUAUGGCGAGACCUACGCAGAGGCCAAGCAGAAGAGAGUGCCUGCCUGGAAUGCCCAGCGGGCCAGCACUCGGGGACCGCCCAGUCGCAAAGGCAGCCUCAGCAUCGAGGACACGUUUGAGAGCAUCAGCGAGCUGGGGCCCCUGGAGCUGAUGGGCCGGGAGCUGGACCUGGCCCCCUACGGGACCCUCCGCAAGUCCCAGUCGGCCGACUCCCUGAACUCCAUCUCCUCCGUGAGCAACACCUUCGGGCAGGACUUCACGCUGGGCCAGGUGGAAGUAAGCAUGGACUACGAUGCCGCCUCCCACACCCUCCACGUGGCCGUGCUGCAGGGCAAGGACCUCCUGGAGCGCGAAGAAGCCGGUUUCGAGUCCUGCUUCAUGCGCGUCAGCCUGCUGCCCGAUGAGCAGAUCGUGGGCAUUUCCCGGAUCCAGAGGAAUGCCUACUCCAUCUUCUUUGACGAGAAGUUCUCCAUUCCCCUGGACCCUGCGGCCCUGGAGGAGAAGAGCCUGCGGUUUUCCGUGUUUGGCAUCGAUGAGGACGAGCGGAACAUCAGCACGGGCGUGGUGGAGCUGAAGCUUUCUGUGCUCGACCUCCCGCUACAGCCCUUCAGCGGCUGGCUCUACCUACAGGACCAGAACAAGGCUGCCGACGCUGUGGGCGAGAUCUUGCUGUCCCUCAGCUACCUCCCUACGGCUGAGCGCCUCACUGUGGUGGUGGUGAAGGCCAAGAAUCUCAUCUGGACCAACGACAAGACCACGGCAGACCCCUUCGUCAAAGUGUACCUGCUUCAGGAUGGGAGGAAGAUGAGCAAAAAGAAGACAGCCGUGAAGAGGGAUGACCCCAACCCAGUGUUCAACGAAGCCAUGAUCUUCUCGGUGCCAGCCAUCGUGCUCCAGGACCUGUCUCUCCGUGUGACGGUGGCUGAGAGUAGCAGCGAUGGCCGAGGGGACAACGUGGGCCAUGUCAUCAUCGGGCCGUCAGCCAGUGGCAUGGGCACCACGCACUGGAACCAGAUGCUGGCCACGCUGCGCAGGCCCGUGUCCAUGUGGCACCCUGUGCGGCGAAACUAGCAGCUGGAAAACGGGCCAGGGUGGGCACUGAGCUGCCUGGGGCCCGGCGCAAGCUCCGCUCUGAUGCCCCUCCAUAGUCCAGCAGGAGCCAUAAAUGCUGGGGUCCCCCACUGGAGCCCCCAUGAGCCA